UUAUUAAUUCACUCGAAGGGACAAUACUUGCUCUUCCACUGCCACUGAGAGAUCGAAGCCAAUGGUGAAGACGAGAAGAAGCCGGGGCUUUCCAACGCCUCUCAAUCCAAAAGCAUUACCCAAACCGAUUACCCCAACCUCCACCACCAAAAUCGUCUCCUCUUCUCUCUACAAAUCUGUGUCACUGCAUGAUUGGUGGCUGGUGAAGGCUCCCGACGGGAAGGGUUUAGCUGUAGGAGGGUUUGCUUCGUUAGAGAGACUAGGAGUAAGAUUUUUUUGCUCUGCUGCAAUUUUCAAGAGACACGAUGCCACCACUCUUGAGACAACGGAUGGCACCAACAUCACAAUCAUUGGUUUCAUAAAUAGGUCUCGGUCGCUUCAAAAUGGUUUUCCAUCUGAGGUAUGCAAUCAUUUCCUGCUUGGAUUUCCCUGGAACUGGGAGGAGUAUGCUGUUGGUUGUUCUGGGGAAAAAUCUACUAGUAGAGGCGUUCUGACAAGGAUUUCUGCUUCUGACAAGUCCGACGUGUCUUUGGGUUACAAUGCAGAAAAAACUUUUCCAUUUUCUUUACAUGAUCUCCCAGUGACUAGGAUACAUGAUCUUUUAAUAUCCACUUUUGAAGAUCCAGAUUAUUGUUUGCUGACAAAGAGCAUUUACAAUGAUAUAUUGGGAAAAUCAAUGGGGAAUAGUCCAAUGAAAAAUAUGCAAUCCGGACUAAAUGAGACUCCAGUUAAUCAGAAGGAGACUAAGGCUGAUCAUAAGUACAACAACGAGGAUACUUUCUUGAAUUCGAGGGAUAUGACAACAGAAGAACAUGAGAAAGCUGGCUAUCACUCUGAGAUGGGCAUGAAUGUCCUGACCACAACUAUAGGUGUUUCAACAAGAAGCAUGACUAGAUUGAAGAAUUUUAGAAUGGAACAAGAAGAGAGACUUUCACCAAAUUCGAACAUUAAGCAUAAAUAUAGUGAUCAGACUAUUUCAUCAGAUGCCGCUAGGAAAAGAAUUGGAGGAAUGGUAAAAAGAAAUGCUCCAAAGGUUUAUGAUAAAUCUGUAAUCAGAAGAUCAAGGAGGUUGAUGAAUCCAAAGAAAUGAUCUAUAAGGCAUAUUCCAAACCAGCAACUGAAAAAUUGUUGUCGAUUUGCUUGCAAAGAAUGCUACACAUGCAUGCGAAUCACUGGGACAUGUUGGUUAUCAACAAAAAGAAAAGGAAAAAGAAAAAAAUCACAAGUCUCAACCACAUGUUGACAUUUUAAUACUUUUUUUUUUUUUUUUUUUUUUCAUGUUAAUGUUAUGGUU